AUGAGGCGAGGAGUUGAGGGGGAGCCACCCGUGGCGAAACCCUCUCCCUGCAGCGGGGUCUCUGCUGGCGGUGUAGCUGCUGGUGAGGUCUCUGCUGGCGGUGUAGCUGCUGGCGGGGUCUCUGCUGGUGGGGUCUCUGCUGGUGGGGGUCUCUGCUGGCGGGGUCUCUGCUGGCGGGGUCUUUGCUGGCGGGGUCUCUGCUGGCGGGGUCUAUGCUGGCGGGGGUCUCUGCUGGUGGGGUCUCUGCUGGCGAGGUCUCUGCUGGCGGGGUCUCUGCUGGCGGGGGUCUCUGCUGGCGGGGUCUCUGCUGGCGGGGUCUCUGCUGGCGGGGUCUCUGCUGGCGGGGUCUCUGCUGGCGGGGUCUCUGCUGGCGGGGUCUCUGCUGGCGGGGUCUCUGCUGGCGGGGGUCUCUGCUGGCGGGGUCUCUGCUGGCGGGGUCUCUGCUGGCGGGGUCUCUGCUGGCGGGGUCUCUGCUGGCGGGGACUCUGCUGGCGGGGUCUCUGCUGGCGGGGGUCUCUGCUGUCGGGGUCUCUGCUGGUGGGGUCUCUGCUGGCGGGGUCUCUGCUGGCGGGGUCUCUGCUGGCGGGGUCUCUGCUGGCGGGGUCUCUGCUGGCGGGGUCUCUGCUGGUGGGGUCUCUGCUGGCGGGGUCUCUGCUGGCGGGGUCUCUGCUGGCGGGGUCUCUGCUGGCGGGGUCUCUGCUGGCGGGGUCUCUGCUGGCGGGGUCUCUGCUGGUGGGGUCUCUGCUGGCGGGGUCUCUGCUGGCGGGGUCUCUGCUGGCGGGGUCACUGCUGGCGGGGUCUCUGCUGGCGGGGUUCUCUGCUGGCGGGGUCUCUGCUGGCGGGGUCUCCGCUGGCGGGGUCUCUGCUGGCGGGGUCUCUGCUGGUGGGGGUCUCUGCUGGCGGGCGGGGUCUCUGCUGGCGCGGUCUCUGCUGGCGGGGUCUCUGCUGGCGGGGGUCUCUGCUGGCGGUGUCGCUGCUGGCGGCUGGCGCUGGUGCCUGGUGUCGGUGCUGGUGCUGAUGCUGGCGGACGUCCCGCCGUCACCCCUUUCCCCCUUUUCGCCUCCCCCCCACAGCGCUCCGCCGCCACUCCCUUCCCCUCCUCCCUCUCCCCCCCAAAGCGACCGCCGCUACACCUGCGAACAGUCGCGACGGAGGGGGGUGACGGGCAAGGGGCGGGGGGAAUGCGACGGGCAGAGCGACGGCGGGCGAAGAAGCGGCUGGGGCGACGGGAAGCAGGGCGACGGGCGACGGUGCAAGUGA